ACUGCUUUAGAUUUUGCAGAGGAAACAGUCAGAAUGAAGUACCUUGUUCUCUGUACUUUUGCUUUAGUUUUCUUUUGCAUUACUCUGACCAAUGCUCUUUCACCCUACAAACAAGUAUUACAGCACAGCAGGAUCAGAGGCAGGCAGCAUGGCCCCAACGUAUGUGCUCUGCAGCAAGUAACAGGAUCCAACAAGAAGUACUUCACCAACUGCAAACAGUGGUACCAUCGGAAAAUCUGUGGCAAACCAACGAUUAUUAGCUAUGAAUGCUGUCCAGGAUACUCCAAGGUACAUGGUGAGAGGGGCUGCCCUGUUGCAUUACCAAUUACCAAUAUUUAUAGAACGCUGGGAAAUGUUGGAUCGAGUGCUACUCAACUGUACUCCGACCGUGCCAACCUCAGACCAGAGAUCGAAGGACCAGGCACUUUCACAAUGUUCGCUCCCAGUGAUGAAGCCUGGUCAGCUCUGUCUGCUGAAAUUAUUGAUGCCCUCGUAAGCAAUGUCAACAUUGAAUUGCUCAACGCCCUGCACUACCACAUGGUUGACAGGCGCAUUCUCACAGAUGAACUGAAGCAUGGAGUGACAUUGCCUUCAAUGUACCAGGAUUUAAAUAUAUUUGUACACCACUAUUCCAAUGGCAUUGUUACUGUCAACUGUGCACGAGUAAUGAAGGCUGACCAGCUCGCAACCAAUGGAGUCGUGCAUGUUAUUGACAGAGUCCUCAUGGCUGUUACAAAUUCAAUUCAGGAUACCCUUGAAAUUGAUGAUAACUUUCAGCAGCUUAGAGCCGCAGUGGCUGCUGCAGGUCUUGAGGGUAUGCUCAGCAGCAAAGGAGAGUACACACUUUUUGCUCCCACUGAUGAAGCAUUCAGGAAGAUACCACCUGCUACUCUGAACAGGAUCUUAGGAGAUCCAGAGGCUUUGAAAUCUCUGCUAAAUUACCAUAUUUUGAGAAAAGUACAAUGUGCAGAAGCCAUCAUCUCAGGCGCACCAAUGGAAACCUUAGAGGGCACAUCAUUGGAAGUAGGCUGCAGUGCUGACAGUCUUACACUCAACGGCAAGACCAUCAUCACUGACAAGGACAUACUAACAACAAAUGGGGUCAUUCAUAUGAUUGAUGAGCUUCUGAUCCCUGAUUCUGCUAAGACCAUCUUGGAAUUGACGGAAAAGCCUGGUGUCACCAAGAUAGGUGAGCUCUUCCAACAAGCUGGUCUGACCUCCUAUUUAGAAAGAAAAGACCCUUUAACUCUUCUUGCUCCUUUGGAUGCUGCAUUCAAGGAUAAAUCGCUAGUUGUUAAUGAAGAUUUGAGGAAUCUUCUGCUGGACCACAUUGUGAAAGAGCAGCUCUCUUCUAAAUAUCUGUACCAUGGGCAGACACUUGAUACCUUGAGUGGCAAGAAACUCAGAGUCUUUGUUUAUCGUAAUGCAUUAUGCAUUGAAAACAUAUGUAUCGCUGCACAUGACAGAAGAGGGAGAUAUGGUUCUAUGCUGAUAAUGGACAACAUACUGACUCCUCCAGUAGGCACAAUCAUGGACAUUCUGAAAGCUGAUGAUCGCUUCAGCAUGUUGGUGGGAGCCAUCCAGACAGCAGGACUCACUGAAACUCUCAACAGGCCUGGCACAUUCACUGUCUUUGCACCAACCAAUGACGCUAUCCUAGCUCUACCCAGCAGGGACCAGAACCGGGUGAUGGUUGAUCCCACUUUGUGGAAGUAUCAUAUCAGUGAACAAAUCUUGGUUAGUGGAGGUGUUGCCAGCCAGAUUGUGUUGUUGAAAUCCCUACAUGGUGCCACCUUGGAAGUAGGAACAAAAAAUCUCGUCAUCAAUGUAAAUAAAGUUCCAGUUAUAGAUUCUGAUAUAAUGGCAACCAAUGGUGUCAUCCAUGCUAUUGACAAGGUCUUGCAACCUUCUGCUGUGAGACAAUCAUCAGAAAGUCGAAAUGGCAUGGAGAUCAGCAGUGAAGAUAUCCUGCGUUUCGGAGUCCGGCCUGCCAGGGUUGCUAGCCCUAGGAUUCAGAAAGUUACAACAGGUGCUAUUCUGAAGAAAAGCAAGUAGUAAGACUUGAAAAGCAGCCAGUAAAAUUAUCCAAACUCUUUCAGAAACAUUGACUUCUGAGGCACAAUCUUUCUCUUGAAUGUUUAUAUGCCAUAGUAUUUCAAUGCCUCAUCAUGAUUACAUAUUGCUUGCUUGUUUGUACAUUUUUAUUGCAUUGUUACUUUUUAUACAUCACUUGUGAUUGCAUUUUGGUUUAUUAAUGAGGUGGAGUCUUGUUUAAAACUACAGUCAACCUAAAAAGGGACUUAGAUAAACUUAAACACCAAAAGUUUAAUAUCUCCAUGCACUUGCAUAUGUACACGUAAGUGCAUAAGUGUGUAACUGCUGUGCAUGUGCAUGCACAUUGUUCAUAUCUGUAUUUUGCUUCAGAGUGUGUGUGUUUAUAUGUGUAUGUGUCAGUGUGUGUUUAUGUGUUAGCAAAUACUUUUACUUUACUAGAUACAUGUCAUUCAGCAGAAUGUUUCUGUGGAUAUGUCUUGGUUUCCAAAAUGUUGUUUGAAUAUAAGCCAACAUUUAUCUGCAAGGAACGAUUUUCUGCAGUAUCACAUAAUAUUGUUUCUUUUUAACUUUUAUGUUUGUAUUUUCUAUGAUACAUGUGCUGGUUGUGUUUAUGGACUUUAAUGUUUCAUAUCAGUAUUAAGAUAUUUGCAUGUCACAAGCUGCAGUUUGGUUUUAUGCUGUUUCACUUACGCUUUGGUAAGGUUAACUAUAUAUAUUUCCAAAUAUGUUGGAAAAUCAUUUUAAAAUAUGUAUUUAUCUUUAAAAUGUCUUCUGUAAUAUGUUCUUAAAAUGCUAUUUCUUUGAGGCAAUUUGCAACUAUCAUAAACAUACUUUUUUUUUACG